UCUUUCUCUAGUCUAUCAACUGCAGCUCGCGUUCAUUUCUCAUCUCCGUAAUUUUCUCGCUGUUUACUUUCUUCAUCUGCUGGCCAGUUACAUUCUUUCCUCAUAAAUUCUACUUCACACACACUUCGUCAUCAUGCAGUUGACCGCUCUCACUCAACUUUUGGCUGUAGCCUUGAUGGCUACCAUGCCUAUUGCCCAGGCGGCUCCAGUCGAUAUCGCUCAAGCCGAUGUAUCUUUGGCAGUCCGCCACCACAAGGGUGCCGGAGGCAAGACUGCUGCAAACGGCAAUGCCGCAGCUGGCGGGCUCGCUGCUCUCUUCGGUGGUGGAGCGGCUAAGGGCAACAACAAGAGACAUCACAAGGGUGCCGGAGGCAAGACUGCUGCCAACGGAAAUGCAGCAGCUGGUGGCCUUGCAUCUCUCUUCGGUGGAGCCAAGGGAAACAACAAGAGACAUCAUAAGGGUGCCGGGGGCAAGACUGCUGCAAAUGGAAAUGGCGCAGGUGCAGCAGCUGGAGGAUUGGCAGCUCUCUUCGGUGGAGCCAAGGGAAACAACUGAGGUCAGCUUGUUGUUGUUGACGAUGGGACACAAGGGGAAGCUACAAUAUAUCCGAUAACGUGAGACGAGUAUGUAUGUUUGAGAUG